AUGGAUAGGAGUGCAAAGCGAUCAACCAGCCUUCCGUCCUCAAGGAAGGCCUUACAUGGAGGUACGGCCCUGGAAGAGCAAGAUUCUAAGAGUUUGGUAGACAUUCAAAUCUCUAAUGAGUCCCCUGCUUCUGCACGGACAGUUUCCAAUAAUCUAAUACCUUACUCACAUGCCCAUGUCCACACGACUUCAGGGCGUCGUGAUAUCCAAGAUCGGUCACUCGCCAUUCCCUUACCAGUACGACCAGAUUCACAGGCUCUAAGAAGGAUGUCUACCCAGUUAGACGAUGCGGAUAUAAGUUACAUCAAGGUGUGGGAGCUGGAUCAGGCCGGCCGUGGCUUUAUAGCUUUAAAGGAUGCGGACCGGCUCCCAUUAGUACUACUCAAGACUAGGUCAAGCAUUACUCCAAAGCAAAGAAGAUCGUUACGAAGAGCACUUCAUCAGAAUCUGGUUGGGCUUUAUGGAUUUCAAUGCAGCGAAGCCAGUAUAACCUUAAUAUACCGGCUUGAGCUUUUGGCAGUUUCAUUGGCUUGUGUUACUAACAGUCCGGGAGUUCAAUUUAGUGAGUCUGAUGCCGCGACUGUUUGCAAGGAAGUACUACUCGGGCUUGAUUAUAUUCACUCUGAGCUGGAAAUCAUUCAUGGCGCUAUUGACUAUACAAACAUCCUGUUAAACAUUGAUGGCGAGAUAAAGAUUGCAAACAUUGGAGAUAGUAUGAUUCAGGGCAUAGAUCUAGGCUCUAGGACUCUAGAUUUGCAAGGAACAGGAACGCUUAUCGCUAAUCUAAUCGAUCCUACAACAAGGAUUACUGGCGAGCCUACUCUUUGUGACGAUGUCGCACGCAAUAUUUCAUCCAUGACUUCGGACUUUAUUAAAAAGUCCAGAGGGGAUACAACUGCUAAAAGCCUCCUCAAGCAUAAUUUCUUAUCCAUAGCAACUCCAACUGGUCCCUGGAGUUUGAAGCCACAAGUAACUAAUGCGCUACCAUUCUCACUGAAAUUUGGUAGACACUGGGACAGCAGGAGCCAGGAUAUAGGAGGAGGGUAUAUAUAG